ACCGCUCCGAGGACCCUAGGACGUCACGGACGCGCGGUCGAGCCUCCAGCCCGCCCCUCCCGGCUCGCCUUCCCUUCUCUCCUUAGCCCGUGACGCCGCCGCGGCCCCGGCAACCGGCGCUUGCACACACUCCCGCGCGCUCGGCUCCUCCACCUCCUCCCGCAACCGGGUCCGAAGAUGGCGGCUCUCAAACUCCUGUCCUCCGGCCUUCGGCUCUGCGCCUCCGGCCGCAGCUCGCGGGGCGCCUGGCACAAGGGGUGUGUCUGCUACUUUUCUGUCAGUACUCGUCACCACACCAAAUUUUACACAGAUCCAGUGGAAGCUGUAAAAGAUAUCCCUAAUGGUGCAACCUUGCUGGUUGGUGGUUUCGGGCUGUGUGGAAUUCCAGAAAAUCUUAUAGGAGCUUUAUUGAAGACUGGCGUGAAAGAUCUAACUGCAGUCAGCAACAAUGCUGGGGUUGACAACUUUGGCCUGGGUCUUUUACUUCGAUCCAAACAGAUAAAACGAAUGGUCUCUUCAUAUGUGGGAGAAAAUGCAGAAUUUGAGCGACAGUACUUGUCAGGAGAAUUAGAAGUGGAGUUGACCCCUCAGGGCACACUUGCAGAGAGGAUCCGUGCUGGUGGGGCUGGAGUCCCUGCCUUCUACACCAGCACAGGGUAUGGGACCCUGGUACAAGAAGGAGGAUCACCCAUAAAAUACAACAAAGAUGGAAGUGUUGCCAUUGCCAGCAAGCCACGAGAGGUGAGGGAGUUUAACGGUCAGCACUUUAUUUUGGAGGAAGCAAUCACAGGAGAUUUUGCUUUGGUGAAAGCUUGGAAAGCAGACCGGGCAGGAAACGUGAUUUUCAGGAAAAGUGCAAGAAACUUCAAUUUGCCAAUGUGCAAAGCUGCUGGAACCACAGUGGUGGAGGUUGAAGAAAUUGUAGACAUUGGAUCAUUUGCCCCAGAAGAUAUCCACAUUCCAAAGAUUUAUGUACAUCGCCUUAUAAAGGGAGAAAAAUAUGAGAAAAGAAUUGAGCGUUUAUCACUCCGAAAGGAAGGAGAUGGAAAAGCCAAAUCUGGUAAGCCUGGAGAAGAUGUCAGGGAGCGGAUCAUCAAGAGGGCGGCUCUGGAGUUUGAGGAUGGCAUGUAUGCUAAUUUGGGUAUAGGGAUACCUCUUUUGGCCAGCAACUUCAUCAGUCCAAAUAUGACUGUUCAUCUUCAAAGUGAAAAUGGAGUCUUGGGUUUGGGUCCAUACCCUCUAAAACACGAAGCUGAUGCUGACCUCAUCAAUGCAGGAAAGGAAACAGUUACUGUUCUUCCAGGAGCCUCUUUCUUCUCCAGCGAUGAAUCAUUCGCAAUGAUUAGAGGGGGACAUGUCAAUCUAACAAUGUUAGGAGCAAUGCAAGUUUCUAAAUAUGGUGACCUGGCCAACUGGAUGAUACCUGGGAAAAUGGUGAAAGGAAUGGGAGGAGCUAUGGAUUUAGUAUCCAGUUCCAAAACCAAAGUGGUGGUCACCAUGGAGCAUUCUGCCAAGGGAAAUGCACACAAAAUCAUGGAGAAAUGUACAUUACCACUGACGGGAAAGCAGUGUGUCAAUCGCAUUAUUACAGAAAAGGGUGUGUUUGACGUGGACAAGAAAAAUGGGCUGACACUGAUUGAGCUCUGGGAAGGCCUGACUGUUGAUGACAUAAAGAAGAGCACCGGCUGUGACUUUGCAGUUUCACCAAAACUUAUGCCAAUGCAGCAGAUUUCAACUUGAAGUAUGGAGUAGACCUUUGUCUCAGGAUGCUAAGAUUGCAUUUUGAACACAUAGGAUUUAAUUGAAAGGGUGUCAGUAAUCAAAACUAUGUAUUUAACAAGAAGUUUCGACUAGUUCUCUUCUAGUAUUUCUGGAUUUGUGUAGCCAUAGACUGUUCUCCUGAGUGUGUUCUCACGUUUCUAUGAAAGACAAAAGGAAAACAUUUCAUUGUGGUCUUGUUUCAUAAAUGCUAAGAAGGUUGUCUUUGCCAUUGGUGCUCAUGUUGGAUGUAUGUUCAUCUUUUAUUCUGUGUAUACUAAACCAGAAAAUUUUUCAUAUGAAUUUGUGAUUAGGCAGAAUACUUUUUUGAUGGCUAUAUAUCUUUUACUUUCCUCUUUUUUGAGAGAAAGCUCUGAUUUGGUGAUGAUGCUGCCUCUUUAGAACAUCCUCCUUCCCUCCACACUUCUUAUAGCCAAAUAGAUACCCAAGAAGGCAAACAGGAAUGUCUCUGGGAGAAGUAAGCAGAAGGAAGAACAAGGCAUAGGAUCUACCAGUGCUGGUGUCCCACCAGACGCUCUCUUCAUGGACAACCAAGCACCUACCUAUGUACACUAACAGCUGAGGCUAACUAUAGGAAGAAGACUGGAGACCUAGUGACAUACUUACCUAGUUCUCCUACUUUAAGAUAUUGUGCUAUGCCUUUGUAUUCAGAAGACUCCAGUUUUUACUUAUACAUCAUCCCCUAAGUCAAAAAGAACUGUGGGCAAUUUAUCAUGAGUCCUAAAUCACAAUGGCAGUAGUGUUUACAAAAAUGAUCUUCCAAGAUAUUCCUUUUUAGUCUCUCCAUUCUUCUCAGCAAAGAUCCUAAACGGUGAAUGAUUUUUUUCUACAGAACUGCUUAUAUUAGUUCUCUUAACAAAGUGCUAUUACUUUAGCCUGAAAAUUCUUUGUGUUGGGGAAUGAACACGGUGACUUGGAAUCAUAAGGGAUGUUUCCUCAGAAGUAGCCUCAAUACCAGACAGUUGCCAGGAAGCGUCAAUUCAGAAGUUCCCUCUGUAUCAGAUGUGUGAAAGUCUAGGCACCCUAAAGCCAGGCUGGACAGCUGGUGUCUGCACAGUAAAAUGUGCCAUUCUGCUACUAAUUAUAGGAAUGUAUGCAUGUUUUAGGUGACGGUUGUCAUUGAAGUCACCUCUCCUUAAAUAUACCCACAGCUAACCUGUACAGUAUGUAAGGAGAGGCAGGCUUUCCCCACACAGUACUCUCUAUGUAGCACUGCCUUUCUGGCUGGCUCCGUGGUUGAAAGCAUCCACUGCCAGCACUGAUAGGAAGAACCCUUCUUAGAUGGCACAAGGCCCAUGAGAGUAAAUAUGUCUAUGUGAGAGUAAACUUUUGAAAGUAAUAUUAUUGUUGAUAUUGACAUGUCUUCAGAUGCACUUGCUUAUCAUUCCAGUCUGUUACUUUAAGACAAGAGGAUUCUAAGAAUGUUUCAAACAUUGUCAAUGCUUGAAUAGAUGACUGAAUAGAUGCUCAAAGAGUGCCAUAUUUUUUAAAAAUCUGUUAAGGAAUACAAUAAAAAUUACAAAUUUGACAGAUA